AUGGCGGAGCCCACGGAAUCUUCGGGAACCUCUACAAAAGAUCUCAUCAGCGUCGUUGUGAAGACACCUAAAGACAAAGAAACCAUAGAGAUAAAUCCUGAUUCUACGAUCAAAGAGCUUAAAGAUGAAAUCUCCAAGAAGUUCAGUACCACAGUUGAGCAAUUAUGCCUCAUCUUUGCGGGGAAGAUUCUCAAAGAUAAUGAUACCCUAAAGCAAAACAAUAUCAAAGAUAACAUGGUUGUGCAUCUGGUCAUCAGGUCGAAAAAGGAUCAAGCAGGUACAAGCACAGCCACCACCAGCAGUCCUGCUUCACCCGCCAACCCAGGAUCCUCGUCAUCGACCACCGCCCCAUCGGCGAACCCGACCACAGCUGCUCCCGGUGGGAACCCGUUCCUUGGGGGGCUGGGUGGGUUAGGUGGGAUGGGGGGCCUAGGGGGACUCGGUAGCAUGGGACUGGAUUCAGCUAACUUUGCCGAGAUGCAGCAACAGAUGCAAAGACAGUUGAUGAGUAACCCAGACAUGAUGAGACAGGUCUUAGAUAAUCCCAUGGUACAGAACAUGAUGCAGAACCCGGAUAUAUUCAGGAACCUUGUGCUUGGCAACCCUCAGAUGCAACAAAUCAUGGAGAGGAAUCCUGAGGUAUCGCACAUGCUGAACAACCCUGAGGUGCUCCGUCAGACCAUGGAGCUUGCUCGUAAUCCGGCUAUGAUGCAGGAGAUGAUGAGAACUCAAGACAGAGCACUUAGCAAUCUAGAGAGUAUACCAGGUGGUUAUAAUGCGCUACGGAGGUUGUAUACCGACAUUCAAGAACCCAUGCUGAAUGCUGCCCAAGAACAACUAGGAGGAAACCCCUUUGCAGCUCUGGCAAACACUAACUCAUCAAGCCAACAGGGUGUGGAGAACACGGAUCCCCUGCCCAACCCCUGGGCUCCUCCUGCUUCACAAAGGACCUCAGCGUCGACCACCACUUCAAACACUACUUCAACCAGCAGUACAUCCAGUACCACGUUGCCUGGUCUCUCUGGCAUUCAACCAGGUGCUAACAUUUACAACAGUCCUGGUCUGCAGAGUCUGAUGCAGCAGAUCCAGAGCAACCCUAGCCUGAUGCAGAACAUGAUGCAGGCUCCCUACAUGCAGUCUAUGAUGAGAAAUAUGGCAGAUAACCCAGAUAUGGCAGCCCAGGUGAUGAGGAAUAACCCACUGUUUGCUGGUAACCCACAGCUUCAGGAACAGAUGACUACGAUGAUGCCAUCCUUCCUUCAGCAAAUGCAGAAUCCCGAUGUGCAGCAAGCUAUGACGAACCCUAGGGCUAUGCAAGCCAUCAUGCAGAUACAACAAGGCAUGCAACAACUAGCUACAGAGGCACCAGGGCUACUACCUGGCAUGACUGGGGCUGGUCCUGCUUCAACCACAACGACGGGCUCUACCACAGCCCCCGCAACGGGCACAGCAACCACCGCCCCAUCUACCGCAUCCACCACGGUACCCUCAACAACUGCAGGGACGACCACCACCACCACGCCCGGUGCACCUCCCAAUCUGACCGGUCUACCGCCGGUUGCCGAGCCUCAGUUUAAUGCGAUCAUGAGCCAGAUGUUACAAGCCCUGGGGACAGGUGGACAGCACGGUUUGGGGAUGGGCGGACAGCGAGGUUUUGGGAUGGGUGGACAGCAAGCUUCUACUCCGUCUCCAGAGGAUCGGUUUGAGCCUCAGCUCCAGCUGCUAGCCACGAUGGGGUUCGUCGAUCGCGAGGCCAACAUUCGAGCGCUGACGGCCACAGGGGGCGACGUCAACGCAGCUAUCGACAGACUAAUUCAAAGUUGACAACCUUGACCCUAUCACUCCUGUUCAAACAUGAUCUUCGCAGUGACAGUUUGGAGGUACUGGCGUAAUGAUUAAAAUGUCGAUCCCAUACCUAGUGUCUGUGUGUCCAAUUUGCAUCAGGUUAUCAAACAUAUAAAGCAGAUCCCAACAACCUAUGGUAAGACAUUUGUAUAUUAUAAAUAGAUUGAUAAGAAAUAAGUUAAUAGUAACGUUGAGAAAAUAACUGAUUCAUUCAAGACCCCACUGUAAUUUAUGUUGUGAUUAACAAAUUAUUGAUAUUGUUUAUACAUGUAUAUCAUCCUCAUAUCAUGAGAGUAAUAUAAAUAAAUGGCCAUAGUUGUAUUAGACAAGUUAACGUGAUUGGUAUUGUAAUUAUAUGACGUGUAAAAUCUGUUUCUGCAAACCAUUGCCUUAAAAACACUUUGCUACUUGCAUUUCGUUUUAUAUUUCAUCCUCAGAGGAAAGAGUAGGUUUUAUUUACCGGUACCGGUAGGUGGAUGGAAAGUAAUUAUUCUAUUGCUGUAGCUUAGAUAUAGAAAAUGCACCCAAGUAAAGUUUAAACUAAACACAAAAUAUAGUCGGGCUAAAAUCCUGUGGCAUGUAGAGGCCCAGUUUUGUCCAAUACAUGGUAUUUCCUAUAGGUAGUAGAUAUUUAUGUGGUGAUGGUUUAUUGUGUAUAAUUUAUGUUAUGGCAGCUAUAUUUAAUACCUCCUGGUUGUGUGGCUGCUAGUUUAUCAAUGAUAGUUCACCGCUAGUCAGCAGCUCAUAAUUUCCCAGUAGGUCUACACAUAUAUGGAUCCUGGUAAUUAUCCUUUAAAAAUUAUAGUAUUUCUUGUAUUUGUCCAGAAACGUACGAUUCUAAAAAAAAAUUGUGAAUCUGUAAACUUUUUUAUUUUCACCAUUCCUUUCCAUUUGCCUUUUAUCAGAAAAAAAAAAAUCAUAAUUAUGUACAUGGCAAGUUUCUUUUCCCCCCAACUUAUAUCUUGUUUGUUCAUUUUUUAUAUAUACGGUAGAGGAAUCCUUAUUAACUCUAUUGAUACAUGCAUAUAGAGUGGUAUAUACUAAAUCGUAAUAAAGGAAUGUGGUAUGCCAUUAUCAACCAGUACAACAUUGUAUGAUUAGCAGUCCAAGUGAAUCAAAGGAUGGAUGAAUACUGUCACAAUCAGCGAAUUAAUCAUCACAAAGAAGUCAAGGAAAAGAAUAGAAAAGCUAAUCACUGUUAAUUGGUAUUCCCUUUUAUAUUUUAAUAUGAAGAAUCUUUUUCUAAAAGUGCAUGAUACUUAAAUUCAAUAUUUAAAUCUGAAAGGUUGUAACCUUUGAGGACAAUUCACUUUACACCAGUGCUGAAUAUGGCCAGUAAAAACUGGCUGUUAAUUGCUUUUACACUGUAUGGGAACGACUAGUCGACUUUUAUUACAGUUAUGUGCUUAUUAUUCUGGUACUGGUUUCUAACAUCUUUGUUUCAGUAGGCAUCAUAUGUUUGUUAUAUUUUGACAUUCAUCUUGUUUUGAAUCUGUGAAUUUUCCGUAGUAACCAGAACUCGGAAAGAAAAAUAUCAGGUAGUUGCUUUAUUUAUGAAUAUUUUACAUGCUUAGAAAAAAAAUAAUCAUCUGUUAAGAUAUUAACAGACAAUAUUUACAUUUUCACUCUAUUUAGAAGAGUUUUUUAAUAAAUAUAAAACAAUUGACAGUUUUAAUUAGUAUGUGGCAUGUAGUUUUGGGAUUUAAGUCCUCCUUGUUCAGAUAACUCAUAAAGAAAUCUAUCACAAAUCAUAAUGUUUGAGACACAGAAAAGGCAGUGGAUUUAACUUUUUGUAUCGGUAUUGAUUGGUCAAAUAUUGUAAAGGCAUCGCAUCGGUUUCUGCUAUUGUAUUUGGUUCUGACACGAUUCUUUUAGCCAUGCACAUUCUAUUUUUACCAACCAACUUUCCUUGCAUCAUGCACAUUGUAUCAAGUUGUAUUCGCAUAUUUAU